AUCAUGUCAUCAGCGUGCACACGCGCACCCCUGUUGCGUUGUUCUUCCCAGCCCCUCCUUUCUCCACUGAAAGCUGAGAUUGGAAAGGGAAGGAAGAAGGGACCAUGAAAGGACAACCCUGGAUGCUAUUUGCGAAGAAAUCGUAACUAUUUAUCUUUUCGGUUUUCCCAGUUGCACAGAUCUACGUGGUAAAUUAUGCACGGGGGGUAGGGAAUGCGGCAUUUGCAAAACAUUCACAAGUUGACCAAAAAAACAAACCCGCAUAUUGGAGCGCGGUCUAGCUAACUAGCACGGUCUGUCCGAAGUUAGCUUCUUGUCCGGCUAAGUAAAUCGGUAAGGUACAUGUAGCAGUAACUAGCUGGCUGGCUAACUAGCAUUACGCGCAGAAAAAAGAGGGAGAAACGGAAAGAAAACAACAAAAAGCGAGUGAACAUUAAAUAGUAAUGUUGCCUUUGGGAAUUAAAUUGAGCUACGGAUGAAACAUAAAUUGGCGAUUCGGGAAUAAGGCGGGGGAAUCAACUAACGACGCCGUAGCGAAGAAGCACAACAAUUAGCUAAGCUACAAGACCACUGCGAUGUUGAGACAGCAGGGACUGGUUCGCCGCUGUGGCAGCCCCGCCGUGUGUCGGGGCUGGCCACAUUCGGUUCAGUGGAGACUUGGGGGGUUCUUUUUCCUUCUGUUGUUGGAAGGGGCCGUCUGCCUCGCCAGCACCAGCAGUGCUCCCGCUCCGGGUAUCAACAAUCGCCCCAGUGUCAACGUCUACAUGAGCGAGGAGGAGGUCAAGAAGCUUUUGGGUCUAGAUGCAGAGCUGUACUAUGUGAGAGAUGAUGUGGUGAACCACUACGCUCUUUCCUUCAUCUUACCUGUACCCAGUGACACCAACAGUUUACAUUUCACCUGGCGCUCCAAGGACAAGGUGGAGUACAGGAUGGGUUUCCAUGUCGAUGAACCUGCAACCAUGAACCAACCACACAGCAAUAUCUCUGUCCAGGGGGAGGUGCCUCGCACAACCUCAGGUCUGUCAACCAAUCAGCACCUCCCGUCUGCCUCGGUGUUUAGAGUAGACCUGUUCUGUUCUGGCAAGGUGGACGGGGAAGCGGUUCUGACAGUACAGCUCAACCUCACCAUUCACUCGAAUAACUUCACAGUGCUCAACUUUAAGAGGAGGAAAAUGUGCUACAAACGAAUUGACCCUGAUCCAAAGACUCCCCCUGUCUCCAACAACAAGACCCUUCAGCGGCCGGACAACGGCGUGACCACACCCACCACCUCCACCAGGGUGUUCUACAUCAGUGUUGGUGUCUGCUGUGCUGUCAUCUUCCUGGUGGCCAUUGUUUUGGCUGUGAUGCAUCUGCACAGCAUGAAGAGAGUGGAACUGGACGACAGUGUUUCAGAUAGUGGCAGUUCCCAGGGGCUGUCGCAGCCCUCCACCCAGACAACCCAGUACCUGAGGGCUGACACACCCAACAACGCCACGCCUGUAACCAACAAUCACCCCGGCAAUGCUCCCAUUCUCCAGCUUGCUGCUGCCACCUUCCCAAACCCCGGUGCCCCCGUCCAUGAAACCAAAAGCUACCCGUCCCUGCGGAUCGAGAAGAACGACCUUCGCAGUGUGUCCCUGCUGGAGGCCAAAGCCAAGGUGAAAGACAUCGCCAUCUCCCGUCUGAGAGUCACGCUGCGCGAUGUGCUGCACGAAGGAACGUUUGGCCGGAUUUUCCAUGGCAUUUUGUUGGACGAGAAGGAUCCAGCCAAGGAGAAACAAUGCUUUGUGAAAACAGUGAAAGAUCACGCCUCUGAGGUGCAGGUGACCAUGAUGCUGACCGAGAGCUGCAAACUCCGGGGCUUACAUCACAGAAACCUGCUCCCCAUCAGUCAUGUAUGUACAGAGGACGGGGAGAAACCCAUGGUCCUGCUUCCUUAUAUGAACUGGGGAAACCUCAAACUGUUCCUGAGACAGUGCAAGUUGGCGGAGGCCAACAACCCACAGGCCAUCUCCCAGCAGGACUUGGUCCACAUGGCAAUCCAAAUAGCCUGUGGCAUGAGCUACCUGGCCAGAAGGGAGGUGAUCCAUAAAGACCUGGCGGCCAGGAACUGUGUUAUUGACGACAGCAUGCAGGUGAAGAUCUGCGACAACGCCCUGUCCAGGGACCUGUUCCCCAUGGACUACCACUGUCUGGGGGACAACGAGAACCGUCCGGUCCGCUGGAUGGCUCUGGAGAGCCUGCUCAACAACGACUUCUCCUCCGCUUCGGAUGUGUGGGCGUUUGGUGUGACCCUGUGGGAGCUGAUGACCUUGGGACAGACCCCGUACGUCGACAUAGACCCCUUCGAGAUGGCUGCCUAUCUGAAGGACGGAUACCGAAUAGCACAGCCAAUCAACUGUCCCGAUGAACUGUUUGCAGUAAUGGCCUGUUGCUGGGCCCUGGAUCCAGAGGAGAGGCCUAAGUUCCAGCAGUUGGUUCAGUGUCUGACUGAGUUCCAUGCAGCGUUGGGGGCAUAUGUGUAAAAUGCAGCUCCUGGCUUUUGGUUGCAGACCUAGGUCCAGCAGGUCCCUGAGGGACUGAACAGCACUAAUCACCAUGAGGAAAACAUUCACAAACCUUGUGCCUUAUCAAGAAGAAAGAACAGACUUUCGUUAUAAUGCCAAUUUAUUUCGUUCUGUAAAGUAUCAACAUUUUUAUUGCGUAGUCCGAGUGAUUCAAGUGGCAUUUCUGGGAUUCGUGGAGGCUUUAUGCUGUUUUCACAGACAUGGAUUCACCUUGCGAGGUCAUCAUAUAUCCCAGCAUGCCUCACAAGCUUCCAGAACAGACCUAUUCCUUGAAAUGAAGACCCAAAAGAGAACCUUUUGGAAAAAUGUAGGUCUAUGGAAGAAAGUCCCACAGGAAGCUUACAUCUGCUAACACAUUUCCUUAAAAAAAAAAAAAAAAAAAAAACUUCUAAGAACCUGAUUUAAGACACCAUGACGAUAUGUUUUUAUAACUGUUUUUUUGUAUCUUAGUGAAGAGAUUAUGUAAAUGUUGUGCUGUAGACCGGUUGUUAUCACAAGACUCCACGAGACUGAAGCUUCAAUGUGAAGGUGGUAGGAGCCAUAGAAUGCUGUCCUAAAUAACACCCAAAUCGCUAGUACACUAUUGACCAGAGCCCUAUUCCCAUUGUAGCGCACUAAGCUUUGAAUGGGGUGCCGUUUUGGACUCAGGGCUUCGGUGUGUAGUGGUGAGAUAAAGCCAUGGUACGGAUUGCCUCUUCGGUGAUCGUAUGCUCGUAUGUCUGUUCAUUCAACCUCCAUUGCCAAAGCAGCUGUGGUCUGUUUCUUUUCUGUUGGUUGUGGUAUUUGUCGCUGCUGUCCACUGAAGGACAUGUAGAACGUUGUGCCACUUGACCUUAUUCCUUAGUAGACAUGCUGAUGGAGUGCUAGCCUAGCCGAGGACCUUGUUUUAAUCGCCACCUGCGAUCCAUCCUUAGCAUCAGUUUUGCAAGUGCAGUAGAAUGAUUCUGCCUGUUGUACAUUAUGCUACAUACUGUCAUGAACUUUUGCAGAUGGAUUGAGUUAAGAGUUGUCUUCAAACCCAUCAUCACUAUUCGGAUAAGUCACGAUUUAUUCCCAAAUCACAAAUGAACAUUCAACCAGUUUAUUGUCACCAUUGUCAUUAUAUUAUUGAGUUUUUGAGUUCGACUGUUCUGUGUCAGAACUGAACCUUGCUACCAGCCAAGUGUUGUUUUGAGAAUUAAAAAAUAUGAAUUUACAGUAGGACACAAAUCACUGUGAAGAUCUGAAUGUGUAAAUGUGGCGACAUCGUGUCAAGCUCUGGUCCAAGGUGUCACACUCCGAUACUGGUACUGAGACUUUCAUAGCAAGCUUCACAUAACUCCACAGACCAGAGCAAUAACACAACCUCAUCUUACUGCCAACCAGGCCUUCAUAUUCACAGCUAAGAUCUGGACGGUGGCUGUAAAUCCCCUGUGUGUGAUUGGUUUUUAUUCACUAUGAAAUCUAAGGUUUAUCUUACUGUAACAUAGCGAUGGUUUCACAGCUGCCCACCGAAGAACCAACCUCAGUUAAAGUCACUAUUGAUGCUGUGGAGAUAUUAGUGGAGCUGGGGGGAAUUACAGAUGACAUUAUAAAGGCUUAUUACACAUUAUUAGGCAUUAUAACUUGUAGUGUGUAAAUAAACUGUUAACUUAUAAGCUGUAAGAAUAAUCAAGUAUCUCACAGUCUACAGAGAAGCAUGAUCUGCCCAGCAUUACUGUGUGUUGGAAUGGAAAUAAUAAUUCACGAUUAUGAAUGGUGA